AUGACAAAGGUUUCUAUUGACAAUAACCCGAGCCGGUCUAAAAAAGGAAUAUCUGCCGAAGAAAAAAGAAAGCGUCUCGAAGAAAUGUUUCUAGAGUCGGGAGACUUUUUUCAGGCAAAAGAUGUCGAGAAACUCGGGUCAAAAAAAGGGAUUGUGAGCCAAUCAAUCAAAGAAGUUCUUCAGAGUCUUGUUGAUGACGGGCUUGUAAUGACAGACAAGAUUGGGGCUUCUAAUUACUUUUGGUCGUUUCCUUCGACAGCAAUACUAGCAAAAAAGAUAAGGAUCGAGGAGCUCGAGGCAGCCAUCAGAGAAGAAGGGAAGAAGAAGAGCUCAAUGGAAAAUACAAUAAAUCAGCUUUCUGUGGAGAAUGAACCAACUGAUGAGAGAAUAGAAAUACUCAGGAAUCUCGAGCAAGCAGAAAAAGAGCACAAGGAGCUGUUAAAGUCCCUUCAGCCCUACAAGGAUAAUGAUCCGGCUUUAAUGGAAGCAAAGAAGAACUCGGCCAAAAGAUCCAAAGAAGCAGCCAAUAGAUGGACAGAUAAUAUUUGGACAAUUAGAUCUUAUUGUAUCAAUACACUCGGCACUGAUCCAAAGACAUUUGAUGAAUCGUUUGGUAUACAUGAAGAUUUUGAUACCUUGCCUUGA